GUGUGUUCCGCUAGCACCCAGCUUUUAUCUCGCAACGAAAGCGACCCACCCCAGCGCCUGUAAUGGAGGACGAAAUUGGAAGCGAGGCUCCGGCAAACGGUCAAGUCGUUGCACAAAGUAAUGAAGAGUCGGCAGCGCCAUCGUUCAAGAAACCUGCGUUCAAGAGGCCAGCCUUCAAAAAGCGAGUUCCAGCUUCAAAAGGCGGCAUGCGCAGCAACAAGCGGUCGCGGGUAACGAAUGGUGAGGGCAAGGGUGCCGGCGGCAGCGGCAGCAGCAGCGAGGAUGACGUUGCCGUGGUGAAGGCGGACAAGAAGGGCAAGAAGGGGGUCAAUAACUUUUCGACGGGAGGGGGGAGCGGCGGCGCGGAGGCACGGGCGGCCGCAAGGGAGGCGUUGGCGAAGGAGACCAUGUCUUCCGGGAGCCUGUUCGACUCCUCCAGGACGGCGGUGCCGGUGAGCAACGCGGGAGGGGCGACGCACUACACCGAGAUCGACACGCAGGCCGAUAGGGACACCAGGGCUAUCCUAGAGAAAAACAUCCGCCUAAACGAGGAAGGAACGACAACUGACAAGGACGGGCUCUACCAUGGAAUGGCGGGGUACAAAAACCACAUCAAGAAAGACGAGGCUCAGAUCGGAGGCAACAAGCACACCGGGACCCAGGGACCGAUACGAGCGCCCACCUUCCUUCGAGCCACCUGCCGGUUCGACUACCAGCCUGACAUCUGCAAGGACUACAAAGAGACGGGGUUCUGCGGGUUCGGUGACAGCUGUAAGUUCUUGCACGAUCGAGCCGACUAUAAGUCUGGGUGGGCGAUGGAGCAGGAGUUCGAGGCUAAGGAGAAGAAGAGGAAGGAGAGGGAGGCGCUCGGGGAGUGGGCAGAGGAGGAGGACGAGGAGGAAUACUUGGUGGAGAGCGACGACGAUCUCCCUUUCGCGUGCCUGAUCUGCAGGCAGGGGUUCAUUGACCCGAUAGUCACAAAUUGCGGUCACUACUUCUGUGAGCGGUGCGCCCAGGAGCACUACAAAACCAACCCACGCUGCGCCGCUUGUGGAAAGCAGACCCAAGGCGUGUUCAAUGCGGCCAAGAAGCUGACCGAAAAGCUUCGCAAGAAGGGCAUGGUGACGAGAAAAGAGCAAGCCGGCGCAGCUGGCGGGGGUGCGGCAGCGGGUGCCCACGAGGGGGGGGGGGAUAGCGACUACGAGAUUCGCGAGGACGGGGUUCAGUUGACGGAAACGGACGUGGUGCGGCGAAAAACCGGGACGUGGGCCACGGUGACCACAGAAGAAGACGCGGUCGAGGGAGACGGGCAAAAGCAAGGCGAAGGUUAAAGCGUCUCUACAGAAUAGAUUUUUUGUAUUUUUUCAGAAAAUACGCAUGCUAUCACAGAAGGAGUGCCCGUUGGAGAUGUUUUGCCGAAAGGGGUGUGUUGAAGUCUUUGCAGUGAGCCGGCUUGGUUGUAGCAGGCGAGCUGGGAGGCCUGUUGGGGAUAGGUCUAUCACAUAGAAACGGAUGCACAGCAGUAACCACUGGGGGGUAUUAAGCUGAGCGCAGAUUUGAUCGUAGGGUAGUUGACGUCGCUUCGAGAAUUCUCGCGACCGGCAUGGGGGCUUGGGGUUGCGUAGAGUAUGCGGUUUAGUUGGUCCGGUCGAGAGUAACACCCAUUGCAGAACGUGAAACACCGCUGUGCUGUUUGAGAACGUUUUUGGCUGUUGUCGUAAAGUGAAAGAUUUCGGUAAACCGAGGCAUGGGCUCGCGUGUUGAAUGGUGUUUCGGCUGCUUGGUUCGCCCGGGCGGACACGUUGGCAAGUUAUCAGUUUGGGUGUGUCGUGGGGUUGGAUUGCUUCCGUAAUCUAGUCGCUCGAUUCGAUCUGGUUCUUUUGCGAGCGACAUCAGAUGGCGCGUUGUCGGCCUGCUGGUGCUGUUCCCGUAGCGUUACGCAUGCACCUGCUCUCUACCUUUGGUUGGCACAUGAUGCUGUGCUCGUCUACUGCUGCUAGGCCUGGAGAUGUCGGGAACGUCUGACAAAAUUUUCCGGUAAAUAUCAGUCCCUUUGCGCAUGACGCUGCUUUGACGGGACAAACGAAGAUCAAGUUUCGUGUGCCGUUGAUGACCACCUUACGGGCUGCCGAUGCCGACGUGUUGACUCCCUGGC